AUGCAGAUUCAAUUCAAUUGUUGCGGAGCUUUGAAUGGCUCUCAGAGUUGGGAACCGUUGAGACCCAUCAGAGUACCCAUCGGUGCCUAUCCUUUGUCUUGUUGUAUGGAUGACGCGAAGUAUGGUUUAGAAAACCAAUGGUGUGAUGAACAACAGGUCCAACACAGGGAGUCAUGUAUUGCAGCGACUGAUCAGAUGGUCAGCAAAGUCUCCAAUUCUCUUCAGAUAACAAUAGACAUCACAAUAGAGGCGGCAAUCGUUCAGUUGCUGUGCAUUGUAUCGGCAACUGUCAGUCAAAACUUCAACAGAGAUUAUGUUGGGGUAGCCUACUCUCCCUAUACGAAGCACUGGGUGGGACAGACACUUCCGUAUUGGAACUCAUAUACUCUCGAAGAUAUCGUGGAUAUGUUGAAUGUGGUGAACAGUCGGUUCAGGAGUAUAGCGACAUAUGGGAUGGGAGUUGCCGGCUAUAAUGUCCACAAUAAAUGGGAUCAAACGGACUCUAAUUGUCUGGUGUCUCGAGCGGCCGCUACCAUAAACCACAACAAAAAUCAAAUGGCAUUACAAGUAUGGCAGGGAAUUAACCAAAAUGAAGACCAAACUCUACAACAAACGGAAAUUAAUAAUGCAUUUUCUGCCGCACAGGAUGCUAAUGGCAUAUACGGAAACACUGUAAAGGGUCUGAUAUUCACUAAUGAGUAUUUCACGUCUGAGGCGACGGGUAAUCGUAUAUUAAAUAUGAUAACCAGUAAUAAGAAUAGAGCGCAUCAGAUGAAUGUCAAAGUGGGCACAAGAAUACAUGUCUGCGGUUUGAUUCAGGGGUCGGGAGCCAUGCACGACAUCCUCGCCAACAUUGUCAGAGAGUCCGACUUUAUUAUGUGUAAUGUCUAUCCCGACAAUAAUGUUGUCAAAGCCGGUACUCAGCAAUCGGUCGACGCGGUCGGCAAUGCUUUCCUUAGUUAUAGACAAAAGUUUAAAGAAAUUAAUGCAAACAUUGAGGUUAUGAUUGGAGAGACUGGUUGGCCGUCGCAAGGCAUCAGUUUUAAUGCUUCGCCUAAUAAUGUGAAAAAUUUAAGAGACUAUUGGACUCAAAUGGGCGACUGGGCGGACAGAAACAAGGUGUUGGUUCACAUGUUUGAAGCCAUUGACCUCGGGACCUUCAGCUCAGUUUGCAGAUUUCUAUACGUCAGAGGGUCACCAGGGUUACCACCACUCCCAGUGAUACCGACCACCGUUUCCCAACUGUGGCCACCAUUUGGAUUGAUAUGACUUUUUAAAAUCAUUGUAUUCAUUCGUUUUAAUGAUAAUAAAAC